AUAAUGAUAUUCAAUGGAAGUCGGACACAGCCGAUUGUUGAAGUACAUUAUUCCAAGUGUUAGUAUCAUAAUGUCCGAAGAAGAGUACAAGGUGAAAUUUGAGUACCAGGCUCCACCAGGACUCGAAUCCGGAGUACCAGAAAAACAGGAAUUAAGAGAGCCCAAUUUGAGCGUCGAAAGGCAAGAGGAUGGUGUUAUUGACAAAGAUGAGGAGGAAAUCACUACACAUGACCCCAUGACCACCAGGGAAGUGUUUGAGAAUCCACUGUAUUCCGAAGUCUGGAGCGAAGUGAUACCAGGGCCCCAGGAGGCCAGACAGAUGACAAUGGAUACACCGACUGAUACAGUGUCAUUAGACGAUAGAAAAGGGAAAAGCAGAAUACCAAGAUCAAGAUUCAAGACAGCAGCUGAGAAAGUGAAACAACAGAAACUUGAUAAUGAAGAGAGAAAAAAACAAGAAGUCCAGCUAAACACCAAGAGGCGGUCAUCAAUACCUAAACUUCAAAAAAGUAAAAUAACACCAGCAUCUCAUAAAGAUAGUCAUGUGAAGGGAACUUCAAAAGUGAAUCCCCCUAUUCCUGUCAAUAGAGAUGACGACGUUGGACAAACUACUGUCACAGCAAUUGCUACCGACAAGACAGUCGUGAAUAAUGAAGUUUUGACAACUGUCAAUGUCGAUCGAAUCGAAAUUGAUAAAGAAGCUGUUGCUGGCGGUGAUGACGAAGUAAAAAUAGAACCUAUUGAAGAUUUCGAUCAAAUAUAUGAAGAUAUCGUGGGCAAGACUAAAGCAAUAGAUGUUGACAAAAUUCUAGAAUCAGCAAGAGUUGAUGAUGUCGACAAAGUGGAAUCAAAUUUCGAGCAAAUUAUUCAUGAUUACGAUGAAAAUAAGAACCAGCCUAUCAAAGUCUAUAGAUCCAGAAUUCCUCUGGUUAAACGGAAAAGUUUGCAUGAUAUAAAAUUACCAAAAAAGAUUGACAGACGGUUUUCACUUAACGAUAAUUUAAUAGACGGUAAUAACACUACUAUAGAAACAAAAUCAAAUCUACCUAAUGAAAACCGAAAAGAAACUACAACUGAAGGAAAAAUAGACUGCUUUAUAAUAUCUCAACACAAAAAUCAAAAUGCAAAUGAACCUAACGUAAUUGAUGAAGCUCCUAAACCAAAAUUGGUUAAGGAAGCAGCCCAAAUAGAUAACAUAGUGACGCAGUAUGAUCCCGACAAAGGAGAAAACGCUGUAAAUAUUGAAGUUAAAUCACUUCCUUUAGUAGACAUAUCUAAAAAUCAAGUACAAAGUGAAAUUGUUAAAGAAAAAGUUAAAGUAGCGGCUCUUGUUAUAAACAAAAAUGAAAAUUUGGAGCUACCUCAUAUAAAUGAACCAAUUAAUACUGUUAGUGAGAAAAACAGCGAAAGUAAAUCUCCAUUAGAAAACAGUGAAAUACCAAGCUCUAGUUUGUUGGUAAGGAAUAUACUAAAAAGUCCCACGCAUGAAUAUAAAAACAUGGACAAUUAUUCAAAACAAGACACUGUCACACUUACAACAGAAGCUGCUAAAAUUGCGGAUCCCAUUAAAGAAAAUUACGAUUACAAUACUGCAGAUACUAAAAAUGUUAUGCAUAAUGGUACAGAAGACAGUGAAAUUACAAAUACCACCAACGAAACACGACCAGCAAGUUCUUCUAUAACUCCACAAGAAGACGUUUCGCUACAAACAGCACCUUAUGAAGAUAUUACUUCUGACAAUAUUGAUACAAAUUUGGAAAUUAAAGUAGCGGCAGAGCCUUUGGAAAUCAUUGAUUUUUCAAAUGAGCUAAAACAUGUUGACAGUGAAUUUGUUAAACUGUGUGAAGAUAUACAGAUUGAUGACUCAUAUAGUAAAAUUCAUCAAAUGCAUAUAAAUACGAAAGAAGAACGCACAAAUACUCUUCCAGAAUUAUCUCACAGUCAUCACACUGCCUCACAUUCUUCUCUACAAGGGCUAGGUGAAGCUAUAUGGCUAGAUGAGGACAUCAAAAAAGUAGAUGGCACAGAUGAAAAACAACACCAAAUUAAUAAACCAAGAGGUAUAAAUGAAGAUAUACUUAUAUCAAAAGACUACUUUAUAACAGAAAACCUUCAAAGUGGUAAUGAAGUUUACACAAAACUGAAUGAUAAAGUGAUAGAUGCAUCUAAAGAAAUUAACAUAGACGGGUUUGUUAAAGAUUCAAAUGAAGCUAUAACUCUACAAGACGAAAUGUUACCCAUGCAAGAGAUUUCAACUGACAAUAUUCGUAUACAUUUGGAAGUUAAAGAAGCAGCUAAACCUUUGCAAAUCAUUGACUUUUCAAAUGAACUAAAACAAGUUGAUAAUGAAUUCGUUGCAGUGCGUAAAGAUGUACAAACUGGUGACUUUUAUAGCAAAGUUCAUCAAAUAAAUACACAGAAAGUGCCUGCAAACAGCAUAAAUUUAAGAUCAACAGAUAUCUCUCCUGAAAUACCAUUCAAUCAUCCAAACGCUAGGCAGCAAUCGCAUCUUCAAAGGUUAGAUAGUUAUAAAGACACUAAACUAAUAGAUAAUGUUGAUAAAAAAUUAAACCAGAUUGAUAAAACAGAUGAUAAAAAUGAAGAAAGUCCCCCGGCAAGGGGUAAAAUAAGCAGAAUUAUAAGCAGAUUGACUUCUCAAGAACCAGAACAAGAUAUGUCUAAAAAGAUUGCACCUAUUGAUGACAUGCCGAAGAAACGGGAGGUGUCAUCCAAGAUUGCCAUGUUUGAGCGACAAUCAUCUCACGACAUCAGGGAAUUAAGAAAACCGAAAAUCGUCAAUGAAAUUUUUAAAGUAUCUCCAAAUAAUAGUAACAAUAGCAAGCAAAACAAUAAUAAACAAUAUACAAUUCUAAAUCGUAAUACCGAAGGUGCAAAAUCCAAUGGCUACCUGAAAGAAGUCAAAACAAUACCCCCAUCGUAUGAUCGAAAAGAGAUUCGACAAGAACCUAAAUUUAUAGAAAAAGCACAAGUUAUUCCGGCUAAUAGAUUUGUUAUAUCUGAACAAGACAAAACUGUUCAAAAAAAUGAAAAUAGUUUUGAAACAAAAUCAAAGUACGCUGAAAUUGAUUCACACAAUCAAAAAGAAGUUACUAAAAAGCUUAUAAUAGAAGAAAACGAGGUGGAGAUACGAAAAUUAAAUGUAGAAGACAGAGUGAGAAAUAUGCGAGCGAAAGAAGCAAUGCGUAGAUCAAAAUCGUUGGCAGAUGUGGAAAUAGGUGAUGUUGUUAAGGGAAAUGUGAAUCAAAUUUUAUAUAGAAUUAAAUCUAAAGACGAAUUGAGAUUUGAAGAGAAGAAAGAAGUUAUUAACGCCAAAGAAAGACCAAGAAAGAAAAGUGUAUUGGAGAAGAUUGCUCUUUUUGAGCGCAAAGAGACUACAGCCCUCCGUCUGCCAACUCCCGCACUAUCGCGAACGGAGCCAACGCCAAUCGUCCCACCGACUCCCGUCGCACAACUAACCGCACCACCAACUUUCUCUGAUGACGAGUACCGCUCCAAGAUUAAAUCUUUAAACAACGCCAAGUUGAAGUAUGGGAAUAUGGGCAACAUGACAUACAUGAAGCUUGGAAAUGGUGCCGACAUGCCGGUUAUAGCUGUUGGAACUGCUCUACUGGACCCAGUCUUGACUACCCACAUCAUAUCAGCUGCCAUAGAUCUAGGCUACCGCGCCAUCGAUUCCGCUUUCAUUUAUGGAAAUGAAAAAGCCGUGGGGGAAGGUAUUCGGGCCAAGAUUCAAGACGGAACUGUUCAAAGACAAGACCUCUUCAUCAUCAACAAGCUCUGGAGUACGUUCCACCGGCCUGACUUAGUGGAGAAAGCCUGCCGUGAUUCCCUCGAAGCUAUGGGCCUUGAGUACUUCGAUCUUUACUUGAUACAUAAUCCUAUGUCAUUUAAGGAAGGUGGCGACGUGAUCCCGAAAAUAGCGAAUGUCAUCCAAUACUCAGACUACGAUUACAUGGACGCCUGGUUCGCAAUGGAGAAUCUGGUGAGGAAGGACUUGGUGAAGAACAUUGGCGUCAGCAACUUCAAUUCAUCUCAGAUCGCGCGCGUUGCAGAGAAGGCGAAGAUUAAGCCAGUCGUUAAUCAGGUAAGUUUUUAAUCUCAGUAAUACAGA